AUCACUCCCCUCUCUUUAGGUUUUUGUGUUUUUCUUCUGGGUGGCCAAAAAUAACGUAACUAUACCUACAUUUCUUCUGAUUUGUGCAUUGUCCCACAUCCAGCAUCACUGAUAAAUAGCAAACAAGUGGGCAUGGUUUUCCAAAGCGGUACUGGGACAGCUACAUGUCAUAAAGUAGGUACCUACUUAAACUUUACACCUUGUACCUAUGUCAAAUAAUUUGAAGUACAGUAAUUGCGCAAAAUUGUACCCAACAAUUUAAAAUAGCCUUGUACAAACUAAAUUAUACAAAACGUUAGCCAACCGCCGAGUAUAUAGUUACUUCUAUUAAUAAAUGAAGUACGCUAAAUCCGUCGAAACGUUAAUCUAAAAGCAGCGGAGAAAUGCUUGACGAGACUGCAAUUUGGACAAGACCACAAUCAGUCGCAUUUCCCAAGGUAUGGCGGCGAUUUAAAGGUCUCAAAGAAAUUAAUGGUGCGCUUCCCUCAUUUUGGAUACAAGAUAUACCUGAAAACGAACGUGAAAAUGUGGUUAAUUGCAUGAUAGGCGGAUUUUGCAAAGAAGAACCGCUUAGCAAGUAUUCAGGUCUGCUUAAUGAUCCCGAAUCUGUUGAAUCUGCGCGAAAAACGUGGAGGUUGGCACUGCCCGAUAAUGUAGGGCUCGCUUGCUAUAUGGAAAAUACGGAUCCUAAUGGAGAACCGAUUUUGGCUGCAGUUAAUUGUACGUACAUCAAAAAGAAAUGCGAAGAAGAAGUAAACGUUACAGGUAGCAAAAUACAACAAAUUUAUGCAACGUUAAACGUGGUAAUGAACGAAAAGAAUGCUUUCGAAUUUUUGGAAACGGAUUUUUUGCUGUCUGCAUUGGGAUUAUAUGUUUUGCCAUCAUUUAGGGGACACGGUCUGGGAUUGGAACUUUUAAAUGCCAGGGAGAAUAUAUGCAAAACAUUAGGGAUUAAAGCAUCCGUAACUGUAUUCACGUCCAGUGUUUCUCAGUACCUAGCCGAGAAAGCAGGAUUUAAACUUCUGUCAGAAGUCUCAUUUGAGGAUCUACGAAAUAUCCACAAAUACGAGUACCCAGGUAUAGAAGAAAAGCACAAAGGUUUAAAGUACAUGUACAAAAUCUAUGAGUAAUAAAUUGAGACCUAA